AUGACACGCGCUGAUAGAGGACACGCAUUUGUUGGAUCAUCUUUACCUUCCACUUUUUCCCCUGAAGUUAUUCAGUCUGCACUAAAUGAGCUCACACCAAACAAUGUCAGAAUCUUUUGGGAGUCAACAAACUUUGAUGGACAUACUGAGCUAACAGAGCCAUGGUAUGGAACUGCAUUCUCUGUUGAAAAAAUCACUGGCUCCACCAUUCAGAUGGAUCAUGGCAUUGGACAUGAUGAGCUUGAAGUUCUUUCUGUUCUUGAACCUGAACAUCUUUCAAGAUUUUAUCCUGAAAUUUUGUCAAUAAUCUUCAUAGAGUGCUAUGCAGCAGCUAUACAACAACCAGAGAAUAUUGAAUCAAAUGAAGCUGAAUUCAUGAUUCAACAAGUUGAAGAUGUACUUUUUAUGGGGACAAAACCUUUGUCUCAAGCUCUAUUCCCAUCACAGCAUUUGACAAAUAGGGUGGUCAACUUAGAAAAGGGUGUUAUAUAUUGCUAUACUAAAGAGGGUCUGAAUCCAAGUGAUGAAAAUUCAGCUCUUCUUCACUACAUUCAGGAUGAUUUUAAGUUGAAUAUCAAACUUCAGCUGGUUUCUCUUAUUGCUAAACAACCAGCCUUUCACCAACUUAGAUCAGUUGAGCAACCUGGUUACAUCACUGUGCUUAUGCAGAGGAAUGAUUCUCGCAUCUGUGGAGUGCAGUUCGUCAUACAAUCUACAGUAAAGGGCCCUAAACAUAUCGAGUCAAGUGAGACAGGUGGCUGCAUUGAAGCAGUUGAGCAAGGCAGAAAUGAUCCAAUUUUUUGA